CGUCCUUCUUCUCUCUCUCUCUCUCUCUCUCUCUCUAAUUUUUUCUCUCUCUACAUUUCCGCUUAUUUCGCUACGGCGGGGACGGCGGCACGGACGGUGAAAUCUAGAGUUUCGGUGGUCUAGGGCUCGGAGAGUCGGAGAGAGAAAUCGAAGCGAUCUCGAUCUCGAGGUUUUUGGGUGGGAGGCGGACGAGGAGGAGGAAGAAGAAAGAGAAGAAGAUGAGCUUCGAUCCAGUCCCUUCUAACUCCCAAGUGUAACCUAAAUGAGCAGAUUUCGCAGCUUAUGCAGUGCAAGCCCUUGUCCGAGCAAGAGACCAGGUUAUUGUGUUAGAAGGCUAAGGAAAUAUUGAUGGAAGAAAGCAAUGUUCAGUUUUCAGCAUCUUAUUAUCUGAAUGCAAAUGCCUGGGAGGCAUGGAGGGGGCACUCUUUAGCCAGAUAUUGUUCCAGCUCAUCAAGCCCCCCUCCACAUACCCCUGAAGAUAUCUUCAACUCUAUUGCUUUGCUGUUUUUUUCCCUUGGAGCAACCUGUUUAUUGCCUUCAAGCAGCAGUGCCCAGAUACAAAUUAUUUGUUUAUGGGAGAUUAUGAUGACCGUGGAUACCAUUCAAUUGAAACUGUAACUGAAGCAUUAGAACAUUUCGCAUCUAUUGAUCUUAUUGAGCUGUGCAAUGAAGCAAAAGUGGAGAGAUGUCGGGCGACCAGAGACUUGAGAAGCUGUGGACGUGAGGUACAACAUGUGUUGAACUCAUGCGGACAUGCCUCCUUAUGCAAAGAGUGUAGCCGGCGCUGUGAUUUUUGCCCAAUUUGUAGGAUCCCAAUACCAAAGAAUGGUAAUAUACUUCGGCUUCGCCUUUACUAUGAGUGCAUAGAGGCUGGCCUCAUCUCUGACAGAUUUGAAGAGAAAGGAGGCGGGGAGGGACAAUUAACUGAAGAUGUAAAGCGCCUAUAUUCAUUGUUUGAUGUGGCCUUGGAGAGCAACUUGGUUUCUUUGAUUUGCCAUUAUGUUACAGAUGUCUGUAUGGAUGAAAGUGCUGUUUCCAGUGAUCCUGUUAUCGCUUUCUUGUUGGAUGAAGUAGUUGUCAAAGAUUGGUGCAAACGAACACUGAGAGUCAUAAUGACAGGACUUCAUGGAAUUUAUAAUCUUGAAGCAAAAGAUAUAAAAACAAGCCUUGGUUCACUUCUUAAAUUUUCCAUGCGGCUGACUGGUAUUUCCAAUGUGAUUGAAGUUCUGGAAUCAUCUUUUAAGGGUACACUUUCAGCACAGCUUCAUGGUUUGCAUCAACUUCAAGAGAGCAUAUUAAAGACAAAGCAGCAUUUGGAGAUUAUGAUGUGGUGCAUAAGACAUCAGUUUCUUGAGAAUGUCAGAUCUCGGUACACUAAUUUCACAUCAUGGCGUUUUGCUGUUCGUGAAAGGACAUCUGCUGCAAUUGCCCGCUCGUGGCCUGAUUCAGUAAAUCACUCAGUUGAGCCUACUGGACAGAAUGGUUCCCUUUUUAUUGAAGAUGCACUGUUGAAUCUGGAGAUAGAGCAGGGAUAUAUGCAAGAAAUGAGGGAGGAAUUUGAUGUUGCAUCCUUGCAGAAGGAUGGCGGUUUAUCAGUUUUCAAGUCUAAGAUAGAUGGCAUGGCAGGAUGCUAUCCCUUUGAAAACCUGCGAGCUGCCACUGACAUACUCUUUUUACGUGGAAAUUCUGACUUGGUUGUUGCAAAGCAAGCAAUUUUUUUGUAUUACCUAUUUGAUAGACACUGGACAGUGCCCAGUGAAAAGUGGAGACAUAUUGUGGAUGAUUUUGCAGCUACCUUUAGUAUAACAAGGCAUUCCUUGUUGGAGUCUUUCACCUUUUACCUUCUGGAUGACCACACAGAUGCAGCUCUGCAGGAAGCCUGUCACAUUCUUCCAGAGAUCUCAGGCCCAGAGACUCACCCUAAAAUUGCACAAGUUCUGUUGGAAAGGCAAAACCCUGAUGCAGCUCUCAUGGUUUUACGGUGGUCUGGGCGUGAUGGAGCGCAGUUGGUUUCCCUUGGUGAGGCUGUUACUGCAAUUCGGGUGAGAGUAGAAUGUGGACUUCUAACUGAAGCAUUUAUGUAUCAGAGAAUGCUCUGCAUGAAAAUCAAGGAAAGGAAGUUGAAGCAUGGGCCAUGUAGAGGUUUUUCAGAUGAUUUGAAAGAUGAAUGUAGGCCUUGGGCAGACUGGGUAGAGGCAUUGAUCACUGAAAUUUGUUGUCUUUGUAUUCGGAGGAAUUUGGUGGAUCGAAUGAUAGAAUUGCCAUGGGAUUCUGAUGAAGAGAAGUAUCUUCAUAAAUGCCUGUUAGAAUAUGCUAUUAAUGACCCUUCGACGACUGCUGGAAGUCUUCUUGUAGUGUUUUAUCUUCAGCGCUAUCGAUAUCCAGAGGCAUUCCAGGUUGAUAAAAAACUUCAGAAUGUAGAGCAGGAUUUCAUCUCAAAGAAAUCUGUCAGUGAAGAGGUCUUAAUCAGAAUGAGAUCAGCAAGUCACUGGAGAGCAGGAUUGGUUGAUAGAAGUAUGGAGUUGCUACCAGAAGUCCAACAGCAACAAGUAAAGAAUGGAAAAUUGCCUGAGAUUGGCGUUACUCGUGUCGAUGAAACUGAUCAGCCUGCAAAAUCUGAUAUUUUUGGGUUACUAGAAUCAAAUUCAACAAGUUUGUUGGUUCACUCAUCUGCCGAUCAUUCCCUUUUGUGGGUGGACCAAAGUAGUACAUCCUUGAAACCAUCUAUUUAUGAUACUCCAAAAGUAGGUGGAUCUGUCAGCAGUGCCCGUUUUGAACCCCGUAAGGAUGGUUCUAUGUCUUUACUCCAUGAGAGGUUCUUUACCAAUUCAGAAAGAGGAUUAAAGCCUCAGAUUGGUAUCAGCAAAAACUUCAAAUUUGAUGAAAUUCCAACUUCCAGAAUUCAUAGUACUAUUCCUUUGAAUGCUUCGCCCCUGAAAGACCUUAACAGAAGUUCAUUGAGGGUGCUUCAGAAUAGUAACUUGCAAGGCAAUCAACGAAACAGUGUCUCGCCAGAACUACAGCAAAAUGGGUUUUCUUACAAGUUCAAGAAUUCCAGUCCUCCAUACUCCCAAAGGGUGAUGACUGGUACAGCUAUUGCACCCAGCAGCAACCAUGGCUUGCAUAAAAGUUCAGUCAAAGACUCUCAUCCAAAUGCUUCUAACAAACGACUUGCUUCUGAUGGACCUGAUAGACCUUGGAAUGUGGUUUCUUCAGAUGAUCCAAUGGAUGUCUCAUGGAGGCAUGGAGAGGAUGAUUUCACUAUUAAAGAUUGGAAUGCAAAUGGUAGGCCAAGAUGGAGGUCUGAUGAAACUAGUGAAGAUGAAGAAGAGCAAAGUCCAGAAAGAGUUCUCCCUCAUACUACUACUUUGAGAGGAAUUAGAAGAAGUAGAGUUGCAAGAAGAUGAAGAUGGCAUCGGCAUAUUUUCAUGGACAUUAAAACUUCUUUUCAAACUUCCAUGGUUUCUCAUUCUGAUGGACAAAGAAGAGCAGAGUGAGACUAACAGCUAAAGCCAUAAGGACGCCCAGAAUUACAUAGGUGAGUGAAAGGAUGAAUGCAGUGCUGUUCCUCUUCUCCCAUGGAAGGGUGGCAUCAGUCAUGGGUCAUGGGUUUGAAAGAGUUUAGGAUGCAUGCCAGUGUUUUUAGAAAUGAUGCCUGGUUGAGUUCUGCACUUUGUCCCAUUCCUUAUUGAUUAAACAGGAAAUUCUAUUUUAGAGAGAGAGAGAGAGAGAGAGAGACGGCCCGGGGGGGGGGGGGGGGGACAUUUUUGUACAAUUCAUAUUUGUACUAUUGUAUUAAUUCUCAGAGCUUCUGUGUGAUUCAAA